GUAAGAAAGUAAGGUAAAUCACUCUGACCGGCUUUAUCGGUCACACUGUCGCCAGAAGACUAGUAUUUUUGCGCAUAUUGUUAUCAAGAAUUAGGAUUUUCUUUUGGAUUGAAAAAAAAACUGGCAUUUUUGCUAAAAUUUAAGAAUAAGAAAAAUCAACGUGAUGGCCUAUAGACCUAUGGCAUAUGGUCUGACGGGAGAAGUUCAACGAAAGAUUAAAGGGAAAUAUGAUAUAAAUUUAGAACAAGAGGCCAGAAUCUGGAUUGAAGAUGUCCUUCAAUUAGAGUUAAAAGAGGGAGCAGAUCCAAAUCAAGCACUAGGCCAAAGUGAAUUUCAACAAUGUUUGAAAGAUGGUAAAAUAUUAUGUCAAUUAAUAAAUACAUUAAGUCCAGGUGCUGUGAAAAAAUUGAAUGAGGGGAAAAUGGCAUUUAAAAUGAUGGAAAAUAUUUCAAACUUUUUAACAGCUAUAGAAAAAUAUGGUGUCUCUCGUCAUGAUUUAUUUCAAACUGUAGAUUUAUAUGAAGGACAAAAUAUGGUUCAAGUUGUAAAUGCAAUACAUGCGUUAGGCAGAAAAGCCCAGAAAAACGGUUACACAGGACCAGUCUUGGGUGUUAGGGAAUCAGAAUCCAAUCCUAGGAAUUUUUCAGAAGAGAAAUUAAAAGCAGGACAAACUGUUAUAGGACUUCAAGCAGGAACAAAUAAAGUAGCCUCACAAGCUGGCAUGAAUUUUGGAAAAACUCGGUCAAUUAUUGACUAAUUAACUAGUAUAAAUGAAAUAUAAAAAGCUGCUUCGACAAUGUGAAAUAUGCAGAAAAAUCACUUGCUAUUGAAGAGUUUUUGUUUGCCUAUUUCAGUUUUGGUGGAUUUCUUCAAAGCAUUGGUUCACUAAGAUAACUAAUCUUGGUUUUAGGCAUGAACAAAAUAGAAGUACAUAAUCAAAAUGAUUUGUUGGAUAUUGUUUUCUAUGAUUAACCAUAAGAUUUGGUACACCAUAAAAGAAAAUAUUUCAUAGUAUUUAUUUUGAACAAGACUAAAUAAUCCAAAAACUUUUGGUGGAUUUUAGAUUUAAUAGUUGGUUUGAUUAACCACAAGAUCAGGUUCCCCAUCAAAGAAAAUAUAUUCAUAGUAUUUACUGCAUAUGCAUUGUUACCUCACAAAAAAUAAACAAAUGAUUAUUAUGAUUGAUAUUAAUAAUUUUGAAUCAAUAUGAUAAUCAUUGUCUCGCCUUGACGGAGUCAAAAAGCGAGACAUAGGUAUGCUGUUUCCGGCGUCGGUGACGAUGACGACGACGAUGGCGGCGUCAACAAUGUAUUAGUUUGUGAUUAGGUCAGUUUAUGGGGAACCACUAGUGGUAGGUCAAUGAUAUUUGGUAUGCAGUUGUAUAAGCAUUGGCAUAUCUCAUUUCCAUGGAGAUUAUUUGGCCCCGCCCCCCUCAUUCAUGGUCUAUUGACUUUGAAACUUUUGCUUAGUUUACAUGUAUAAGUUUGUGAUUAGGUCAGUUUAAGGGGAACCAUUAGUGGUAGGUCAAUGAUAAUUGGUACGCAGUUGUAUAAGCAUUAGCACAUCUCAUUUCAAUGGAGAAUAUUUGGUCCUUACCCCUCAGUCAUAGUCUAUUGACUUUGAAACUUUUGCUUAGUUUACAUGUAUAAGUUUGUGAUUAGGUCAGUUUAAGAUGAACCACUAAUGUUAAGUCAAUGAUAUUCGGUAUGCAAAUGUAUUGGCAUUUGCAAUUUUCAUUUCCAUGGAGAUUAUAAUAAUAAUAACCCAACCCCCUAAUUAUGGUUCAUUGACUUUGAAACUUUUACAUAGUUUACAAGUUUAUGUUUGUGUUUAGGUUUGUUUAAAGCUAAGGGAAAGACUUAUGAAAAGUCAAUGGUAUUUGGUUUGCAGUUGUAUUAGCAUUGGCACAUCUCAUUUCCAUGGAGAUUGUUUAGCCCUGUACCUUCAGUCAUGGUUCAUUGACUUUGAAUAUUUGCAUAACUUACAUGUUAAAGUAUUGCUAUUUUAAUUUCAACAUUUGCAUUAUCAAAAUAACAAAUAGGCGAGACAUAUCUCUGUGUUAACAGUUUAUUAAGAUUAUUAAAAGCAAUUUUUGACUAUUCCAGUUUCCAAAGGUUUAAUCAGUCUAUACCAACAAUUCUGUUGCUUUCUCUUUAUUUUCUUUUACAACCAAACCAUUGUGUUAAAGACCUUUGUUUAAAUGCUCUAAUGCAUGUGCUUAAUAGAUUUUUCUAAUGUAUUUGAACUCUUAUUGAUCUGUCUUGUACCUUAACCAUGUAAAUGUUUGUUACAGCUUUGUUUUUUAAUUACAUGUACUCUCUGCCUUUUACUGUAGAAAUAUAUCUGCAGUAUUUGCUUUUAGUAAUUUUAGUUUUUGAAGUUUGAAAAAUAAAAUCACAUACUAUUAUUGUUUGACAAAUUCAUUUUUUAUAUACUAGCUAACGUUCUGUUUCUGAAAGAAAUUUGAUCUACCAAAUUGUUUCAUUUUAGAUUAAAAAAAUCUGGCUUCAUUUUGUUUCUUGUGACUUGUUAUUUAUUUUAAAUUCUGUAAGGAAUAAAAUAUUUUAAACCAUCUAUACGGGCUUUCCAUUGAACAUGUAAACACUAAAAAAAGUGCUCAUCUGCUUAUACAUGCAUGCAAAUUAUAAAAAAAAGUUGUUAAAAUGUAAUUCUUCAAUUUAUAAAAAAAACUGCCAAGUAUCACUCGAUGUUUAACUGUGUACUGAGCAAUCUUGUACAAAUGUAGAUUUUUUCUGUUGAUUAUGUUUUUUAUGUGUGAACCAAUUCAAAUAUUGUAUGCAAUUCUAUAGAAUUCUAACUUUUGUAUUUCUGGGGGAGAAAACUCUUGUAAUUCAGGUAUUUAAGUCCUGUUUUUUAGUAUUGUUACUACAUUAUUGCAUCAUUCAGCUUUUACAAAUAUAUAUAUAGAAUCUCAAAAUAAAAAUCUCGGAUGCAUUUUUGCAAGAUGGCUACAAAAUCAUACAUAAUAAAUUUUCAUGUACGGUCUUGCAAAAAAAGAAUAACUUUUUAAUCCAGUUCUUAUCUUUGUUUUUAAUUAAACUUAGAGGAAUAAAACUAAACAUUGGUAGUUAUUGCUUUGUAUAAAGGUUUUAAAAUACUGUACAUUAACAUCAAAGCAAAACAUGAAUUUUCAAUAUUAUUCUUUUUUUAAAGUUUGGAUUCUUUUAUUGUUUUGUUUUAGAUACUUUAACCAAUAUCAUGAAGCGACAUCGAAAAGUUUUAAAUAUUUUGACUCUUUUAUUGCAAUUAAUAUUGAUGAUUAUUAUUUUUAAUCUAAAUUUUAUUAUUUUUGAUUGAGCAAACAUUCCUGUAAAAUUUCAAAUGUAUUGAUUCACAAUUGUUGACAGCUGAAGUUAUUAAUAGUACUGUAUGUGAAAGUGUUGGCAAAGAAAAUUUCUGAGCCUACCAUUUUUAUGCAAGUUGUGAUAUUGUGGCAUUCACUGGUUUAGCUCUAUCCCUGUAUGUAACUUAUUCAUUAAAUAUAUUUUUUUAUAAUUUUCUCAGAAAUGACCAAAAUUUUAUGUGGUCAUUAUAGGAUUGACUGAUUGUUGCUUAGGCUUAAUACCAAAUGCAAUUUUUCAUGCAUAUUCAGGACAAUCAUUAAUGGAAGAUUUGUACACAGAAGAAUAUGUAAUAAAAAAUAUGUCACAAUAAAUGGAAAAUAUUUUUAGGCUUAAGAGAAUUUAUAUCUAUUAACUGGAAUUAUGCAUGCAGUAAAGAGUGGCCUUUCUACAUUAAGGCAUGUGAUAUUAGAAAAAAAUAUAAAUUGAAAACAAACUGCAUGAAUAGAUCAGUGUCCUUUAAUUUUGUGGAAACUUGUGAAUGUACCCUUUUUAGCUCACCUGGCCCGAAGGGUCAAGUGAGCUUUUCUCAUCAUUUGGCGUCUGUCGUCCGUCGUCCAUAGUCGUCGUCCUCAUCGUCGUCCGUCGUCUUAAGCGUUUUAUAAAAAUCUUCUCCUCUGAAACCACUGGGCCAAAUUUAACCAAACUUGGCCACAAUCAUCAUUAGGGUAUUUAGUUUAAAAAAUGUGUCUGAUGACCCCGCCAACCAACCAAGAUGGCCGCCAUGGCUAAAAAUAGAACAUAGGGGUAAAAUGUAGAUUUUGGCUUAUAUCUCUGAAACCAAAGCAUUUAGAGUAAAUCUAACACAGGGUAAAACUGAUUAUCAGUUCAAGAUCUAUCUGCCCUGAAAUUUUCAGACAAAUCUGACAACCUGUUGUUGGGUUGCUGCCCCUGAAUUGGUAAUUUUAAGGAAAUUUGGCAGUUUUUGGUUAUUAUCUUGAAUAUUAUUAUAGAUAGAGAUAAACUGUAAACAGCAAUAAUGUUCAGCAAAGUAAGAUCUACAAAUAAGUUGUCAUGACCAAAAUUGUCAGUCGACCCCUUUAGGAGUUAUUGCCCUUAAUAGUCAAUUUUUAACAAUUUUUUGUAAAUUUUUGUAAUCUUUUACAAAAAUCUUCUUCUCUGAAACUCCUGAGACAAAUUUAACCAUACUUGGCCAUAAUCAUUAUUAGGGUAUCUAUUUUAAAAAAUUUGUCCGAUGACCCCGCCUUCCAACCAUCAUGACCGACUUGGUUAAAAAUAGAACAUAGGGGUAAAAUGCAGUUUUUGGUUUAUAUCUCUGAAACUAAAGCAUUUAGAGCAAAUCUGACAGGUGGCAAAAAUGUUCAUCAGAUUUAGAUUUAUCUGUCCUGAAAUUUUCAGACAAAUCCGACAACCCGUUGUUGGGUUGCUGCCCCUGAGUUAGUAAUUUUACAAAAAUUUUGAAGUUUUUAUGCCCCCGUCGUAGCGGUGGGGGCAUUAAGUUUUACCCUUGUCCAUCUGUACGUACGUCCGUCCGUACGUCCCAAAAUUGGUUUCCGUUCUCUAACUUGAGUUUGCCUCAACCAAAUGUUAUGAAACUUAUACACAAUGCUUAUUACCACAAAACACAGAUCAAGUUUGAAUUUUGGUGGCGUCACUUUAACCGUUCUAGAGUUAUGCCCCUUUAUAAAUGGAAAAAUUUCCAAAUUUUUAGUUUCCGUUCUCUAACUUAAGUUUGCCUCUACCAAAUGUUAUGAAACUUAUACACAAUGCUUAUUACCACAAAACACAGGUCAAGUUUGAAUUUUGGUGGCGUCACUUUAACCGUUCUAGGGUUAUGCCCCUUUAUAAAGGGAAAAAUUGCAAAAUUUGUAUUUUCUUCUAAAUUUCAAGUAAUUUUUAAAAUUGGAGUUAUCUUCCUUUGUCCAUGAUUAUAGUUGAAUCAACUACAAUCAAUGCUUUAUACAAUUCAAUGUUUAAUUUUGACUUCCACUGUUAAAACACAGAUCAAGUUGAAUUAGGGUAGUGUCACUUUAACCAUUAUUGAGUUAUGCCCCUUUAUAAAUCGAAAGAUUGCAAAAUUUUUAGUUUCCAUUCUGUAACUUAAGUUUGCCCCAACCAAACAUUAUGAAACCUAUAUACACAAUAUUCAUUCCCACAAAACUUAAAAAUCAAGUACAAAUUUUUUGUUUCCGUUUUCUAACUUUAGUUUGCCUCAACCAAAUGUUAUGAAACUUAUACACAAUGCUUAUUACUACAUAAUACAGAUUAAGUACGAAAUUUACCGUUCUUCAGUUAUGUCCCUUUAUAACUAUAUGAUAUGCAAGGGGGGGUAUCAUCUGUGUCCACAUGUGGACACUAUCCACAUUUAUUUGUUAUUAUCUUAGAUAUCAUUAUAAUAUCUAAUAUCUAAUACUAUUAAUUAUGAUUUUAACCUUAUUUUACAUGAUUUCAAUAGCAUCAGUAAAUACAGGUGAGCGACACAGGCUCUUGAGAGCCUCUAGUUUAGUCUGUCUAGAUGAAAUCCAUACAAAUUUGUGCAUGUAUCCAACACAUUUCAGCAAACUUUUCAUUCUAUAUUUAAUGCUUGACUGGUUAUUGAAUACUUUUCUUUGUAUGAUAGCAUGAGGGUGUGGAUGGGGGUUUACAGAAUAGAGAAUAAUGGGCAAAAAAUAUAAAGAAUAGAGAAAAAUGGACCAAAAAAUAAAGAAUAGAGAAUAAUGAGGUGCUAAAAUAUAAAGAAUAGAGAAUAAUGGGCAAAAAUUAUAAAGAAUAGAGAAAAAUGGCCUAAAAAAUUACAGAAAUGAAGGGCCCCAUUCAGACCCUCAUAGCAUUGGUUGCUUUUUUAUUGAACUAGCCAACAAUAUAUCACUUUACAGGAAUAGCAGAGUCCAUACUAAACAUUCUUCAAAUUUUUAACAUACUUUUAAUUCUUCUUGCCAAAUAUUAUGAUUUAUGCAUGUCUUGAUAUUAUGUGCCACUUUGAAAAAGCAGACUUUCAUUUCAAUUGCAGCUUAUGUAUGAUAGUGGGACCAAUUUUGUGUAUACAAAUCCUUUUGUUUUGAAGUUUAUAUAUCCAUAUGCAUCAUGGUCAACAAUUUUAGUUCAUUAUUGAAAUUUUACAUAUUGUUAAUAAAUUUUAUAUACACACUUAA